UUAAUUACUUUUCAUUUCUAUUUAUCGUUUUAUCUCUACGACAUUUAAAAACACACUGACUCAAUUAUUAAAGUACAUUUUUUUAUUGAUUUAAAGUUCCCUUUGUUGUAAACAUAUUUUUUACAUAUAAUUCAAAUGUGUUCAUUUCUGGUUGUUGUGUUUUGAGUCUCAUUCUAUUUUUUGAUGACAUUGGGAAAGUAGGUAUAUUAAUAAGUAAUUGUUAAUAUGUGCAUACAACCAUGAAAGGUGUUUAAGUACCAUAGCAUGGAACAAAAUCCUCAUCCUCAUCAAAGUAGCUCAUCUGGAUCAGUACCAUCAAGUCUGUACACAUCUCUAGUGCAUACUACAGAAAAUCCAUUGAAUGUAAAUAUGCCACGACGUGCAGUCGAUGGUACAAUACUGCUCAAUGAUGUUAUAAGAGAGUUUCAACAUCAUGUUGAAAAUAGAGGAAUAUUGCUGUCAAAUAUUUUAAAUAGACCGACGAAUGCAGAGCCUGCUUCGGUCAAUAGUAAUCCAAGUCAGCCCGGCGAUAGUGUAGUAAUUAACUUAGAGAAUUUAGUUGCUAACCGUCCUAUUGUGUCAAAUCCAGAUAUAGGCCAUUCUAAUUAUCAAGCUGCCGCCCUACUAAACGCCGCCCUUCCUAAUAAUAAUGUGGAAAAUAACGCAGGCGAUCCUCCGUCAAAUGACGCAAUACACAAUGUCAGAGAGAUACAGCAAUCGUUAGAGCUUCUACAGAAGUAUUUACCAUUUUUGUUAAUUUUAUUAGCAAAAGGUUUAUACGAUCACUGCGAGGGAAUAUUCGAUUUGGCCAUACUUUUUGCUACAUUUGUGCACUCUAAUUCCGUCGUAAAAAGGGAAGCAACUGCCCAAGCGAGGAGGAGUUUUACAAAACUGUUUGUUGCACUUUUUUAUAUUGUGGUCUGCUUUUCUUUCAUCGCGUAUGUCUUCGAGGACGAAAAGCUUUAUUUGAAUCUCAUUUUUAUACCACAGUACAAACAAGCUACGACUGUGUGGGCUUUACUUUGGACAGCUGGUAUUACGGACUUUAUUCUAAAAUUAAUUACAAUAAUAUUUAAAAUAUGUGUUACUAUGUUGCCAGUCUGGGUUGUUCCUUUUCAACGCAGGGGGAAGGUGUACUUACUAAUUGAGGCAGUUUCUCAACUUUACCGCAGUUUGGCAACAAUUCAACCAUGGCUGUAUUAUUUACUGGAGUCGUACCAAGGGGCAGAAAAGAUAGUAGGAGUCUUUUUAUCUGCAGCUUAUAUGGUUUCAAAAGGUACUGAUUUAAUGUCCCGGUUACGACUUUUUAAGACUGCUGUUCUGAAGGUUUUACAAAAUGUGACCCUCGGAUCAUUCCCCAGUAAAGAUCAAAUACAAACAGCAGGAAAUCAUUGUCCAAUUUGCCAUGAUGAGUACAACACUCCAAUAUUGUUACAAUGCCGCCAUAUAUUUUGUGAAAGUUGUGUUAGUACUUGGUUUGAUAGAGAACAGACUUGUCCAUUGUGUCGGGCGAAAAUUGUGGAUGACCCUUCCUGGAGAGAUGGCUCAACAACAUUUUUUAUUCAAUUGUUUUAAUUACAAUUACAAAGUUAUUUAUAUUUAUGUAUAUAAUUUGUACUAUAAUAGGUAAAAGUUGCUAAGAGUAAAGUGUGUUAUAUUUACUUUGGUCUACCAUAUAAUUAUGUGCAAAACAACUGAUUUUUGUUCAGUUGUAUAAACGUUUUGAUUGUUA